UAUGGCGAUGAUAACGGGUAAAUCCAAAUCAUUGGUUAUAGCAUUCGUGUCUCUGUUCCUAGUACUGGUUAUGUCCGGUCCGAUCGUGGUCGAGGCACGUGCUUUUUUCGUGUUUGGCGACUCGCUCGUCGACAGUGGCAACAACAACUACCUGCUGACGACUGCACGUGCCGAUUCUCCACCGUAUGGAAUUGAUUUCCCAACUCGAAGACCAACCGGCCGGUUUUCCAACGGUCUUAACAUUCCAGAUCUUAUCAGUGAGGCAAUCAGCAACGAAGAGCCACCGUUACCAUACCUUAGUCCGGACCUAAGGGGGCGUAGACUGCUUAACGGUGCCAAUUUUGCCUCCGCUGGCAUCGGAAUUCUCAACGAUACCGGAUUUCAAUUCAUAAACAUUAUAAGAAUGUACCAACAACUAGACUACUUCCAACAAUACCAACAACGUGUGAGUCGCUUGAUCGGGAAACCGCAAACGCAGCGGCUCGUGAGUCAAUCGCUUGUACUAAUCACGGUCGGUGGCAACGACUUUGUGAACAACUAUUUCUUGGUGCCGUAUUCCGCUAGAUCGCGCCAAUAUGCUCUGCCUGACUACGUCCGGUUACUAGUUUCCGAAUACAAGAAAAUACUAUUGAGGUUAUAUUCGCUUGGAGUGGGUCGAGUUCUAGUGACCGGAGCCGGACCACUAGGAUGUGCACCAGCCGAGCUGGCGAGAUCAAGCUCGUCCAAUGGGAGAUGCUCGGCCGAGCUACAACGAGCUGCGUCUCUAUACGAUCCUCAGCUACUACAAAUGAUAAAUGAAAUUAACAGAAAGAUUGGGAAAAAUGUGUUUAUUGCAGCGAACACUAACCAAAUGCAAAUGGAUUUUCUAAGCACUCCACGAAGCUAUGGAUUUGUAACGUCGAAGGUUGCUUGUUGUGGACAAGGGCCGUAUAAUGGGAUUGGUUUGUGUACGGUACUAUCGAACUUGUGUCCGAACCGUGACUUAUACGUGUUUUGGGACGCGUUUCAUCCGACCGAGAAAGCAAACCGCCUGAUAGUACGUAAUAUCUUGACCGGUACCACCAAGUAUAUGAAUCCCAUGAACCUUAGCUCUGCUCUUGCCCUAUGAGCCACACAUCCGAUAAUUUCAAGUCCAAGUGGGAAAUUCGGAUUCGUCUACUUUGAAUGAUGUUGAUUCGUUUCGCAAGAGCAUGAAUAACUCCUUUACCAGAAAAAAAAGAGAGCAUGAAAUAACUCCUUUAGUCUGAAUUUAACUUGUUUCUUUGUUUCUUGUUUGUCAUUGGAAAAACUUGUGUUUGAUUUGCUUGAUAACUCUCAGCGCAUGCACGAACAUAUGAAACUAAAAAAAAAAAAGAAGAAGAAUUUCAUUUCUCUCACAAAUGUAAUAUUGUUGCAUUGUUACUAGUUUUGAAUUGAU